AUGCACCUCACCUCCCUGACCUUCCUCCUGGCGUUCCUCCUUGCCCUCACCAACGCCUCUCCUACACCACUCUCUCCCGCUACCAACAUGCGCACACCCUUUAGUUCGCAAUACCGCCACCUUUUUGUCAGACAAGCCGGCUGUAACCAAGCACAAUGCGACCAAUGUAGAAACAAUGCCGGGUGCACUGCCGGCACCCCUGCUUGGUAUGUUUCCCCAUUCGGGCUCUCGUGA